CGCUGUUCGCUGCGGCUACUGGCCUUGCCUCAUAUGUUGAUGCCUCAUGGUUAUUAAAAAGCCUGAACGGCUGCUUCGCCCAGAUGAACACAUCGCCCUCAUGCAGAGUGGGAAAAGCCACACGACCGCGAAAUAUACAAUCAGACUGUUGAUUUUAUCUUAAUCUUCUCCGUAUCCUUGUUGCCGAUCAGUGAUUUCUGCGUAACCACGGAAGAAAAAUGUUUAAAUUCUUGAAGGAGGUGGUGGGUGGAUCUGGCAGCGGACUCAAAGAUCUCCCUUAUAAUAUCGGCCAACCUUACCCUUCUUCUUGGGGAUCUUGGACUCACUAUCGCGGCACCUCCAAGGACGAUGGAUCUCCAGUUUCAAUCUUUUCUCUAUCUGGGGUUAAUGCUCAAGAUGGAUAUCUAGCAGCUGGUCGAAAUGGUGUUAAGCGUCUCCGGACAGUCAGGCAUCCAAAUAUUUUGUCAUUUCUUCAUAGUACUGAGACUGAAACUUCUGAUGGUGCUUCUUCCAAGGUUACAAUCUAUAUUGUUACAGAGCCUGUCAUGCCACUUUCAGAAAAGAUUAAGGAGUUAGGACUAGAAGGUACACAAAGGGACGAAUAUUAUGCUUGGGGGCUGCACCAAAUAGCCAAGGCUGUGAGCUUCUUAAAUAAUGAUUGCAAACUUGUUCAUGGUAAUGUUUGCUUGGCUAGUGUUGUGGUCACACAAACUUUGGACUGGAAACUCCAUGCUUUUGAUGUUCUUUCAGAAUUUGAUGGAAGCAAUGAAGCUUCUGCUGGGCAAAUGCUGCAGUAUGCAUGGCUUGUUGGAUCACAAUACAAACCAAUGGAGUUGGCAAAGUCUGACUGGGCUGCAAUCAGAAAGUCUCCUCCAUGGGCCAUUGAUUCUUGGGGCAUGGGUUGUCUUAUCUAUGAGCUAUUCUCGGGUGUCAGUUUGGGUAAAACAGAGGAGUUACGCAACACUGCCUCCAUUCCCAAGUCUCUGCUUCCAGAUUACCAGCGCCUAUUGAGUUCCAUGCCAUCUCGUAGAUUAAAUACAUCAAAGCUUAUAGAAAACAGUGAAUAUUUUCAAAAUAAGUUGGUAGAUACAAUACAUUUCAUGGAAAUUCUUAGCUUGAAAGAUAGUGUUGAGAAAGACACCUUCUUUCGCAAGCUUCCAAGUUUAGCAGAGCAGCUACCUCGCCAGAUUGUGUUGAAGAAGUUGCUACCUUUGUUGGCUUCUGCUCUUGAAUUUGGUUCAGCUGUUGCCCAUGCUUUGACAGCAUUGUUGAAAAUGGGUUCCUGGCUUUCAGUUGAGGAGUUUAGUGUCAAGGUGCUUCCGACUAUCGUAAAACUCUUUGCCUCCAAUGACCGAGCUAUUCGAGUUGCUCUUCUUCAACAUAUUGAUCAAUUUGGUGAGUCCUUAUCAGCACAGGUUGUUGAUGAGCAGGUUUAUCCUCAUGUUGCUACUGGGUUCUCUGACACGUCUGCUUUUCUGAGGGAACUUACACUUAAGGCCAUGCUUAUAUUAGCUCCAAAGCUGUCUCAAAGGACCAUCUCAGGGUCCUUGCUGAAAUACCUGUCUAAGUUACAGGUUGAUGAAGAACCAGCAAUUCGAACAAAUACAACCAUCUUGCUAGGAAAUAUUGCAAGCUACCUAAAUGAAGGGACUAGAAAAAGAGUUUUGAUUAAUGCAUUUACUGUCCGGGCUUUACGGGAUACUUUCCCCCCUGCUAGAGGAGCAGGCGUAAUGGCUUUAAGUGCCACCAGCUCCUAUUAUGAUAUACCUGAAAUUGCAACCCGGAUACUUCCUAAUGUUGUCGUACUUACAAUUGAUCCUGACAGUGAUGUUCGAUCCAAAGCAUUUCAAGCCGUUGAUCAAUUUUUGCAGAUAGUGAAGCAAUGUUACGAUAAGACAAAUACAGCAGAUACUACUGGAGCUGUUGGCAUGGGAAUUUCAUCAGCUCCAGGAAAUGCUAGUUUGCUUGGAUGGGCUAUGAGCUCCUUGACCCUUAAGGGCAAACCUUCUGACCAUGCUCCUCUUGCUUCUGCAAGUACCAGCACAGUUGCAUCAACAUCUUCCAAUUCCAGUUCAAGUGUGGACCCCCCAUCAACAGCACCAGUCCGUGUAAGAUCUACCUCUGAUUUGGCUGAAACUGCUGUCCCUGCAUCCCCUACAUCAACAGAUGGUUGGGGAGAACUGGAGAAUGGAAUUGAAGACCAUGAAAAUGACAAGGAUGGUUGGGACGAUCUGGAACCACUUGAUGAGCCGAAGCCAUCUUCAGCUCUUUCAAACAUUCAAGCAGCUCAAAGGCGGCCAGUCUCUCAACCUGUUUCGCAGGCAAAGCAUGCCUCAAUUAUGCGACCAAAAAGUGCGACAAAGUUGAGCAAGGAUGAGGAUGAUGAUUUGUGGGGUUCAAUAGCAGUGCCUGCUCCUAAAACAUCAAAUCCUGCAGACGUGAAAUCAACUGCUAUUGAUGAUGAUGAUCCCUGGGCCGCCAUUGCUGCACCAGCACCCACUACUAAAGCGAAGCCCUUAUUGGCUAGCAGAGGUCGGGGAGUGAAACCUAGCGCUCCAAAAUUAGGUGCGCACAGAAUAAACCGGACAUCAUCUGGGAUGUAAAACGAGUAGCCAGAGAAAAGGAACGAGUAAAGAUUAUGCGGAUGUUGAUCUAUUUCUUCUGGGGGCCGUUAUUUUUAUUAAAAUACAAGAAUCCAUGUGCUUAUGAUAUAUCAAUUACAUUGACAUAGUUGAUAAUUGAUUUGUAAUAUUAUUCUUUGAUAUGCCCUGGUUUUUGUUCCGUGGGGGAAUUUUUAUGGCAGGUCCUGUUUCACGACGAGAUUAUAUGCUUGCUGUAUGUCAAUUUUGUGUAAUGUAAUUAGUUUCUUCUUUCAUUAUACGGUAA